AUUUCAGCGGAGAGUACUCCUUUAUAAGACGAGGGAUCUGUUUGAAAAAGAGAAAGCACAAUGGAUAAGGAUGCUAUUCUGGACUAUGAUUACCCAGACCUGGACCCUCUGCCAACCAAAAUUGAAGCAGAAGUAAUCCCUCCAUGUGACCCUACAGCUGAUGACAGGCUCUAUCACAUAUGCAUCACUGCGAUAUCUCUCGUUGUCAUGCUGAUCCUAGCGAUCUUAGCCAGGCGCAUGAAGGUGGGCGACAGACAGAAAGGACUCCCAGGUUUACUCAGUCCGGUCAACUUCCUGGAUCAUACGCAGCACAAGGGCCUGGCAGUGGCUGUAUUUGGAGUGCUCUUGUGCAAACUGUGGGGCCUGAUCAUAUCGCCGCAUCCCCUCCCCUUCACGACAGACUCUGAGAACAAACAGAACUGGGUGAUCCUGGGAGUCUUCUACUACCCCGCACUUUACUACCCUCUCCUGGCAUGUGGCACUUUACAUAAUAAAGUUGGCUAUGUACUCGGUAGCCUCCUGUCAUGGACACACUUUGGUGUUCUGGUCUGGCAGAAAAUUGACUGUCCAAAGACACCUCUGAUACACAAACACUACUCCCUUUUCUCCAGCCUGCCUCAGAUUGCUUGCUUGGCAUUCCUUAGUUUCCAGUAUCCCUUGCUUCUAUUCAAGGGCUUAAAGGGCACUGAAAAGAACAAUGCCACAGAGGAUCUCAGCAGCAGCUACUAUAGAGAUUACGUGAAGAAAGUUUUCAGUAAGAAGGCCACAAAAAUCAGCACAGACAAGCCCAAACUCCCUCAAAGAAUAAUUGAUGCUGUGAAGUCGUACAUUUAUACACCAGAGGACGCUUUCCGCUUUCCGCCCAAAUUGGCUAUAUCUGGUGUGGUGUCGUUUAUAACCGUGUAUCAGGUGGGUCUCCUGCUGAUCUCGGCAGUGGUACCGUCACUCCAGACUGCUCGUAUGGGAGUCGAUGAAGAUGUUGCAAACCUGUUAGCUGGUUUCAAGAUUGUUCUGUCUCCGGACAAACAUGAAGUGGUCCGAAUAGUGGUUUAUUACAUGUGGUGUGUAGAAGUGUGCUACAUCUCAGCGAUGACUCUGUCUGCUCUGGUCAACCUGGCUAUGCUCAUGAGGUCAAUGGUUCUGCAUCGGUCAAAUCUGAAGGGACUGUACAGAGGAGAUAUCUAUAAUGUUUACAACUGCCAGAGAAGCAUCAGGGCUUCCAGGCCGGCACUGGUCUGCUGGAUGGGAUACACCAGCUUCACAGCAGCUCACAUCUUCAUCGGCAUGAUCAUCCAGACCAUGGUGUUCUUCCUCUGCCUUCUGAUCGCCGUCUUCCUCAUAAUCAUCCCUGUCCUGCACAGAGAGAACCUGUUUCUCUUCCAGAUGCUCUGGAGCAUGUGGCCCUUCUGGCUGAUGAUCCUCCUGGCGGUGUUGAUUCAACACAUCACCGCCAGGUUUUGCUUCAUCAGAAAAAUAGCAGGCACACGAGACCUCGACAACAGGGGUAAUCUGUUCCUGCUAACAUACCUGCUGUUUCCAGUCAAUGUUCUGAUCGGGGUGCUACUGGCGGUGUGGCGCUUAAUCAUCACAGCCCUGUUCAACAUAGUCCACAUGGGACGUGUGGAUAUCAGUCUUCUGAACCGCAAUGUGGAGGCGUUUGACCCUGCCUACCGCUGCUAUGCUCAUUAUCUGAAGAUUGAGGUGAGCCAAUCUCACCCUGUGAUGAAGGCCUUCUGCGGGAUGCUGCUGCAGUCUGUGGGCCAGGACGGCAAAGCUGGACAGAGGUCAAGGGACGCUGAAGAGGGGAUCCAGCUGGUCCAGCAGGAGAAGAAACAGAACAAAGUGUCCAGUGCCAAGAGGGCCCGCGGGCACUGGCAGCUCCUCUACACCCUGGUCAACAACCCCUCCCUGGUGGGCACCAGGAAGCACUUCCAGCGUCAGACCGCAGAGAGCUUUCUGAAUGGAAGCCUCAACCGCAGCGCCAAGGACGGGAGCAAAAAGGAGGCAGCAGCGAAGGAGGCGGAGGCCGCUGCUGGCAACUGAACAAGAAUGUGACCCUGACUGGCUGCAGAGUGUCUUUUGGUUCGGUUCAAAUACUGCUGUCACGCCAUUUGUCCACACCUGCUGUAUGCAUCUGCAUUUGGCGAAAUAAGUGCAUUACUAUAGCUCAGUGCCUCGUGUAGAGAUGUUCACCAAAUCUUUCCUGUAUGUCUGGAGACUGUGAAUCCUUCCUGCCCUUCACGGUCUGCAGUCUGAUGAAGCUCAUGUGGCACUCAGUACUCAUCUAAACACAUGCAGUACAUAUGAUUUUCAACACACUGAUGUGCUUAUUUUGGGAUGGAU